GGGUCAUUUAAGAGAGUAAAAUACUUGGGCUGCACAAAGGAAAAUUAACAAAACUUCAAAUCAUUCGAACUCAUAAUUAAUUUUCAAAUCCAAAGCUCAAACUCAAGGGACCAAAUGUUCCCCUAUAAAAAGAUCACACUAUAAUCCAAACCCCUCAAACUCAUCAUCUCCGAAUCAUGAAGAUUCAGAGGAUUUCUUCUCUAGCUUUGGUUCUUGGCUUCAUAUUUUUGUGCUCAUCUACUUGUGGUGAAGGGCACAACCAUUUUCUUGAAUGUCUCUCACAAAUAUCCCACAACUAUUCCUCCAUUUCAAAUAUCGUCUACACCCCUCGCGAUUCUUCUUACAUUUCCAUUCUGCAAUUUUCCAUAAAAAACCUACGAUUCAUGUCGGAAUCCACCUCCAAACCACAAGUAAUCAUAACCCCUCAACUCGAAUCCCAAAUCCCACCGAUCAUACACUGUGCCAAGAAGACAAACCUCGAAAUCAGAACUCGAAGCGGCGGACAUGAUUUCGAAGGACUAUCUUACGUUGCACAAGUCCCCUUUCUCGUCAUCGAUUUAAUCAACCUCGGUGAGAUCACAGUCGAUGCUGUCGAGAAAACCGCAUGGGUCCAAGCCGGCGCCACCAUCGGCGCUUUAUAUUACAAGAUAGCCGAGAAAAGCCCGGUUCUCGGAUUUCCGGCCGGCAGCUGUUUAACCCUUGGCGUUGGUGGGCACUUUAGCGGCGGAGGCUACGGCACGCUGCUGAGGAAACACGGCCUCGCUGCUGAUCAAGUCGUCGAUGCAAGAAUAAUCGACGUUCGAGGUCGGCUUCUUGACAGGAAGUCGAUGGGCGAGGAUCUGUUUUGGGCCAUAAGAGGCGGCGGAGGCGCCAGCUUCGGUGUGAUUCUUGCAUGGAAGGUGCGAUUGGUUGAUGUUCCUGAAAAACUCACUGUUUUUAGAAUACAAAGGAGUUUGGAGCAGAAUGCGACUCAACUCGUCCACCGCUGGCAAUACGUGGCGCCGAGAUUGGACAGAGAUUUGUUCAUCGGAGUGUUAGUAGGUCCCGCCCAAAACGAGAGGAAGAAGACGACGAUACGUGCUAAUUUCUUCUCCGUUUUCCUGGGCGGGAUGGACAGGUUACUCGGGUUGAUGCAAGAAAGUUUUCCUGAGCUAGGGUUAGUAAGAGAAGACUGCGCCGAGAUGAGUUGGAUUCAGUCCACCCUAUAUAUCGCCGGAUUCCCCAUCGAAUCACGUCAAGUUCUGCUCAACAGGAGCGAUCUCAGGCUAAGAAACUUCAAAUCAAAGUCAGAUUAUGUGCAGAAACCGAUACCCGAAUUCGGGCUUGAAGGCAUAUGGCGACAGAUGUUCGAACCAGAAGCGGCGGCGGCGCUGGUCCUCUUGUCGCCGUACGGCGGAAGAAUGGCGGAGAUUUCUGAAUCCGCUCUUCCGUUUCCACAUAGGGGUGGCAAUCUGUUCGAGAUUGCUCCGGUUGUGUACUGGAAUGAAGAUGAAGGUCGAGAUUCGGAUAGGUAUAUAAGUUGGAUCAGACGGCUUGAGAGUUACUUGACUCCUUAUGUUUCGACUUCUCCGAGGGCCGCUUACCUCAAUUACAGAGAUCUUGAUCUUGGUGUUAAUGAUAAUGAAGGGAAGACGAGUUACGCCCGAGCUAGGAUUUGGGGUGUUAGAUAUUUCAAUAACAAUUUUGAUCGGCUUGUUCAAGUCAAAACCCUAGUUGAUCCCAAUAAUUUUUUCAGGAAUGAGCAAAGCAUCCCACCACUGCACUACUCCAGAAAGUCAGAGAAUGGAGACUAGUAUUUAUAUUCAUCUGUCCAUUUGGAACAAGUCAAACAUUUUGUCACUUAUUUUAGAAAUAAACAGAUGAAAGUUGGCUAAAGAAAUGCGCCAUUUACAUAUUGUUUGCAAAUGAAGGGGAAACAGGGAAUAAUUAGGUGUACAAAUAAUUGCAGUGGAGAAAAUGAAUAUGUUUCGCUGACUUCAUCUAAAAGAAAUCGCUGGAGCUUGUUCUCCAAGGAAUAAAGCCAUGUCUUCUCCACUCAAAUAUUGGGAUAUAUAUGUCCAAAUUAAAAUCCCAUGAUUUAACUAAACAGAUGGAUUCAUAUUAGAGAUUGCCAGAAAUUAAGCCUGCAACACAAAGUGGCCAUGGAACUCUCUCACAUUUUCGGUUUCUUGAAAAUAGUGAAGGAAUCCAUCAAUCUCGUCCCAAGAAAUGGGAGAAUCAUGGCCUCAAUCACCCUACUUUCACUGCUCCUGCCAUCACUUCUUCACUUGCUACUCCUUUACUGGGUGAAAUUCCUGACAAAGAAGAUGGACGAGGCUAUCAUGGUAUCAUUGUGGUCCAAUCUUGGAUUGACCCCAAAUCAAAUAAUCACAUUUUUCUCUGCCCUUCUUAUAGCAGCAGUAAUCGGUUGGCUCACCGCUAUCGGCAAAAUUUCCUCCUUCUCCGUGCCAGCGGUGAUAUUAGUAACGGCCAUGUCGUAUACGGGCAAGAAAGCAUCAGUGGCAGAUCUGUUAGCAAGAAUCAACAGAGAACGUGCUAGGCAACACAGUGGUUCCAGUUCGUCGGGAAAGGCUUUGGUUGUUGCGGCGGUGGCUACUUAUGUCAUGAACAUGGACCACAACGCUAUUACCGGUACCGCUACCAUUGUUGGUUGCAUCAUAAUUUUCUUUUACCUGCGUUAUGUGUCGGUCGUUGGGUUCUUGGCCACUAUUGUUGCGGUGGUGGAGGAGAGGCGCGAGGCGGUAAUGGAGAAAGCUGAAGAGCUUGUUGUAGGUCAUAGACUGCAGGGGUUCAUGCUCAACCUGUUGGUCGUCUUUCCGAUUUGGAAUGUUUUUCUGGCUUACCGGAUGUAUUUAGAUAAAGGCUGGUACCUUAAUAUAGCGACGCACGGACUGCUCCUUCUCAACAGUUCGUUUCUGGGAAAUAUCUUCUUCAGCGUAUCGUAUACAGUGUUGUAUUUUCGGUGUAAGAAGCACCAUGGUCAAGAGAUUGAUGCUCUACUAGAUAAAGAAUAAUGAUGUUUUUCAUUCCCUUGUUUUUUUAAUUUGUUUCUUUAUUUGUUCUAAUUAAUUGCAAACUGUCCAAUUAAUCCUAUAUAUGUUGUACUGCUCUCAGCUCCCCCCUGAAUCAAAUUUCUGGAAAAAGUUUAAGAUCAAUGUUUAACUCAUUUGUAGUGCUUGUUAAUUAUUGUCAAUGACCCCAUGAAGAGAAAGUCUUGAUGAGUAAAUUAAUUUAAAUAAAUGCCAGCCAACAGGAAUAUGAAUCUCACAUGCCAGAAUGUGCUUCAAUAAUUUGGAAGGUCAACCAAUAGUUUAAGAAUAUGAGUUAAUUAGAUCAGCAUGGCCUAACACUAUUACAGCUUUUUUCAUUAUGAUCUUUGAGCAUAUUUAUAUUAAGCUUUCACUACCAUUUUUAACAAAAAGAUGAUUAAAGUGGAGCUUAACCCAUAAAAUGUUACUUUUACGUUUGUUUCGUGAUGGCUUACAGAAUUGUGAGUAUUUGAUUGCAUUUUGCUAUGGUUUAUUACAUUGACUUGAGAGAGAAAUGAGGGUCAAAUCAAAUGAUUGUUUUCACGUGUAUGAUUUAAACUUGAGAAACUAAAAGAUAAACAGGUGAAAACAGGGGCGAGGACUUGCUACUAUAAAAAAACAUGUGUGUGUGUGUGGGAUUGUUUGAUGGAAGCUCUUUGGAGGUUUCACCAGCAUGCAUGAUACAAAAAGAAAAAUCAUUUAAUCUGGUGCUUGGAUUUGACUUCGUAUGUAAUGCAACUGAAACUGUCAAAAGAAAUAGAUCAUUGCUCUGGGUAAUCACAUGGUAAGAAAGAAGCAGACAGCUUUUUGCUGGUUUGGAAUUCAAUUAGUCAAAAGAAAUACCAUAGUCAACUUGAGAAAAAAUAUUGGAGAUUUUCAUCUGUAUCCGAACAAUGAAGGCGCCUCGACUCAUUUUCAUUUGUUGUUAAGAAAAUACAAAUGAGAAACCUAUAAGUUUAUUUAAUGCUAAAGAGAAGAUGUUCUAUUCUUAAGUCGUGAAUUUUUUAAUGAAAAUUAUGGAGUGCACGCAACAUCGACUUUGAAAAUUUCAACUUUAAAUUGCGAGAAGGGUUUCAUAGUUGAAAGUUAUAUUAGUGUUUAAUAGACUAAGUCCAUAUACCAUAAAUUCAUUGAGACUAAUCAUACAAAACCAAUCAACAUAUUACUAAGUCAACACUAUUAUCAUUUAAGGCACACGUCAAUACUAGCUCCAUAAAUUACCAAUAUAUGAUCAAAUAGCUUGGACACUUUUCUCAUUAUCUCAGAUUUGUGAAACCAUGGAAUCCUCUCAAAUUUUUGGCUUCUUGAAAAUCUUGAGUGAAUCCAUCAAACUCACUCUCAAAAAUAUAAAACUGAUAGCAUCAAUCACAGCACUUUCUCUUUUCCUCACAUGGAUCCUCUUGUUUGUAUUCAGUUUCUUCUACCAAUCCGCCUUGGCUUACAUACGCACUACUAUCGUGAAUAACAGCCCCGCCAUCUCCUUCCUACUCUUCACGCUUCUUUUGGCAGUGGAACUGGCAUUCUUGUUCGCCUUCAUCGCAAUCGCCCAGGCGUCCGGAAUCGCAACCGUGAUAACAACAGCCACGUCGUACACCGACGGCAGCAGAAAACUAUCAUUACAAGAUGUAUUUUCCAGUUUGAAAACGAAAUGGAGAAGCUCCCUGAGGAACCAAUUCCGGCUAUCUCAGAGUCCGAAUCGCUUCUUGGAGAUGGCCGCAGUGGCGGUGGGUGUUGUUGUAGUGAUAUUGUAUCUGAAUCCCAUUACAAUUGCGAUUGUGGGUAUCGUUGGGGUUGGCAUCUUUGUUUAUCAGCUCUAUGCGUCGGUUGUUUGGGGCCUAUCCCUUGUUAUUCCGGUGGUGGAAGAGGGCUGCAGUGAGGCAUCGGAAGCGGUGGCCAGAGCCGAAAAACUUGUUGAGGGGCAGAGACUGGAUGGUUUCAUGGUGAACUUGUUGUUUAACAUUGUGUGGUUGAUUAUUUUGUUGAGUUUCUGGAUGAUCGCGGGUAACAUCGAUCUCUACACCUACGGGCUGUUCCACUUCAGCAGUGUUUUAGUGAUAAGGAUAUCUGUGAGUGUAUUGUACACGGUCUACUAUUUCCGCUGCAAAGACUACCACGCCGACAAGAAUUUCCAUUACACUACGCUCACAAAUGAUAUUCCUUAAUUUAAUUGCAUCAAUUUCAUGUUUCUUCUUGCAAUUUAUUGUUUCCAUUUCUUAUAUUGUACUACUACGUACUCCAUAUUUAAUGAUUUAAUGAACAAAAAUUUAAACAAAUUCCAAUCAA